GUCUGUGGGGUCUCGAUCAUCUCCACGCACGCACGUCCCGCACCGACCCGGCACAAUGCAGGUCAAAAGUGUGAUUUUGUGUUUAGUUUUAGUGAUAUUAAAUGUUUGCAGAACCGUGCAUGGAUUGGCAAAGGUAGAGAGUUCGCUAAGCUCAUUUUGUGAUUCGCCAGCAGAGCAGUGCCUUCUGCGAGUUCAAUGUACCUCCGAACCACGUGCCCGCCGGCAUCUUGUGCCGUGUCUCACGGCGGACGGGCUCGAGGGUCUCUGCUGUAAUCCUUCCCUGCAAGUGUCUCAGCGAAAGAAGCGCUCGUUGCCGUACGAAUUUCCAACAGAACUGUACGAAAAUGCCAUCGAGGAAGGCCACCGGGUGUACUCCCGUAAGUUGGAGCAGAUUGACCGAAACCGGGAGCACAUGGUAGCAGGUACGGACGGUGCCGACUCGUUGUUUCGCCGAUUCCAUUCGUUCCCGUCGGUGGGUAAGGCCGUUACUGCGGAGCAAGAGGCUGGCGCAUACGAAGACGUAUUUGUGGCACGAUCGUUUGCCGAUGCACUUAAUCUGACGGAUGCGGAAAGGGUCGAGUUUGGAUUCGAGGCACCGAAACGACUUGUCAAACGGUGUGUCCCUCCAAAGCCGUGCAAUCCGCACGCCCGGUACCGAACGAUAGAUGGCUCGUGCAACAAUCCCUUGGAAUCGCGUAGCAGUUUGGGUAAGGCCGGCUAUCCGUUUGAGAGGUUGCUCCCACCAGCGUACGAGGAUGGCGUUUGGGCACCGAGACUGCACUCGUCCGUCUCCGGGCGUCCUUUGGCAAGUGCAAGGGCCGUCUCGGUGGCGGUUUUGCCCGAUAACGACCGUCCGGAUCACCGGUUUAACCUACUGCUGAUGCAGUUCGGUCAGUUCAUGGCACACGAUUUUACCCGCAGUGCGAGUAUAAGGAUGGGCAAGGACGAAAUCCAGUGCUGUAAUGCGGACCACUCCGGUCCGUUGCACGGAGAGAGCGCACACUUUGCCUGCCUACCGAUCGACGUCAGCCCGAAUGAUCCGUUCUUCUCUAAGUUUGGCAUCCGCUGUCUUAACUUUGUCCGCUUGGCUCUCGCCCGUGACGGAAAGUGCAAGUUGGGCUAUGGAAAGCAGGUGAACCGUGUCACGCACUUCAUCGACGGUUCCACAGUGUACGGCUCGGACGAUGAAACGGCCGCUUCGGUCCGUACCUUUUCUGGGGGGCGACUCAGGAACAGUUUCCCGUCCGGCGUGGAACUUCUUCCGUUCUUGGAAGAUCGAUCUGCUUGCGAGCCAUGGGCAAAGGCUUGCUUCAAGUCAGGCGAUGACCGCACAAACCAGCUUGUUUCGCUGACCUUGGUACACACGAUGUUCCUGCGGGAACACAACCGCGUAGCCGCCCGUUUGGAAGCACUGAAUAGACACUGGGAUGACGAAACGCUGUACCAGGAGACGCGCCGUAUCGUUGUUGCGGAGCUGCAGAAGAUCUUCUACAACGAGUACCUCCCAGCCGUACUGGGACUCUCGAAGGCGCGCCAGUAUGGGCUCCUCGAUGACCUGCAGGGUCACACCAACUUCUAUAGCCCCGACGUGAGACCUAUCGUUUUCAACGAGCUUACGGGUGCUGCGUAUCGCUUUGGACAUUCAACGGUGGAUGGCACCUUUUUAAUUCAACAUCGUCAUCGGCGUUCGGAGCUAGUUCCUUUGCAUAAUGUAUUCCUUGAUCCGUCUCGACUUUUAGAGCCAUCGUUUUACGAUGAUAUGCUCUUCUCCAUCGUGGACCAACCACAGCAGCAGGUGGACGAUUCCAUAACGUUCGAGUUGACUAGGAUGCUCUUCGCCGGUCGGCUUCCGUUCGGAACCGAUCUAGCCGCUCUAAACAUCCAACGAGGACGUGAUCAUGCCCUUCGCCCGUACAACGACUACCGCGAAUGGGCUGGCCUGUCACGGGUAACUAGUUUCGAGCAGUUUGGACCUUUUGGAGCCAAGCUGGCCAGCGUCUACGAUUCGCCGGACGACGUGGAUCUUUGGGUCGGCGGAAUCCUCGAACCUCUAGCGUCCGAUGCCCUGUUCGGAGAAACAUUCGCCUCUAUCAUAGGGGAGCAGUUCGCUCGGCUCAAGUUUGGCGAUCGCUACUAUUACACCAACGGUCCGAAGCACAAUCCUGGAUUUUUCUCGAGCGAACAGCUAGCCGAGCUGGCCAAUCUAUCUUUUGCUUCCGUCGUCUGCGCCAAUCUGGAUCGUCCGCAAGGAUAUUCGGUUCCACUAAAUGUAUUUCAACAGCCGAGUGAACACAACCCACCGGUACCGUGCAGCUCAUUGCCACCGUUCGAUUUAACUGCCUGGAGUGAUCGUUAAACAUCGUACUACAACUAAAAUGUAGUACAAUGCUGUAUUUAUUGUUGGUUUUUGUUUUAAAUAUGUUUGUAAAAAUGUAGCCAAAACUACGUGUAGUGUUGAAUAAAUAUGUGUGAAACUUCACACAUUUUUAUAACGUAUAAAAGCAAAUAGAAA